CACGAUUUCAACUGCUGUUCAUCGUCGUCACAGACACCUCCUUCUCUCUCAAACAUACUUGGUUGCAAAAACAGCAUCGCCAACAUGUUUCGUCUAUCCGUCCCCGGUCGCACGGGCGUGAGGCCCGUCCUCAUCCCACCAUCCCUCGCCACAUCCACCAUCCGUCACUUCACACCGACAUCCCCAUCGUGCGCCGCACCACCCGCCCCCAAAUGGAAACCCACCCCAAAGUCCACCACCACCACCAGCAGCAGCAGCUCAUCCACUUACAAAAAACCUUCCACGUCCACCACAACGUACCGCCCCUCCUCCGCUCCCACAACCAAACACAACCCCACCUCAAAACCCCAAAUCAAACCCCGCAGAACCGCAUCGAACCCAAAAGCAGACGCUUCAAACCUGGGGCGCCUCCCGACUGAUUUGCUGUUCCCGGAGGAGGACAAGAGGGUUAGGGAGCUGUACCAUGAGGCCGUGGAGAGGAUGGAGAGGUUUGAUGCGGAGGUUGGGAGGGUUCUGACAGGGCCGGUUAGGGAGGAGGAUCUGGAAGUGGAUGCUGGUAUGUAUGGGGAAGGAGGAGGCGUGCGGCGUAAGCGAGCGCGGUCGUGGGUUGCGAUGGGAGUCCGUGCCGCGAGGCGCUGAAUUGCUUGAGCUUUGGGUCGCUCUGGGGGACCGAGCGCUGACCCCGCAGUGAGCGACAGCGAACGGUCGUUCUU